GGCUCCGCCCCUUGCAAGGGAAACGGUAUAAAAUAGCCACGGUCAGAGUGGAAGUGCACUGGAAAUAAACCGUUUCCCGUGCACCACAAACAUGAACAACCUCGUCAUCUUCGUCUUCGUUGGCCUCGUCAGCGCUGUCUGCGGCGGCUUCGUUGGCGGUUAUGGCCUGGGCUACGGCUAUGGCCUCGGCUACGGCCUCGGCUACGGCUAUGGGCAUGGCCUCGGCUACGGCCUUGGCUACGGCCUCGGCUACGGCUACGGUCAUGCCGUUGUGGCUGCUCCCGUCCUGAAGACGGUUGUCGCUGCUCCCGUGGUGAAGCAUGUUGUCGCCGCCCCCGUCCUGAAGACGGUUGUGGCUGCUCCCGUGGUGAAGGCUGUCGCAGCUCCUAUCGCCGUUGGUUACGGCCUUGGCUACGGACUUGGUUAUGGUCAUGGUUACGGCUACGGGCUCGGAUUUGGCUUUAAGGGUCUCGGCCACUACUACAAAUAAGCUUUCCAACGAGACAAGAUGACACUUGAAGAGCUGAAGUGCGACUGUUUUGCUGUGGUGGUGAUUAGGCCAUGAAGCUAUUGAUUGUAAUAAAUUUCAUAUUUCUUUUACAAA